AAAAUAGGAAUACACGUCAAACAGGCAUUGUUGUGGCCACCUGGCCGCCGGGUCCUUCGUGUGGAGGAACAAAGAUGGCGGCGUCCAUGCUGUGCAGGAGGACGGCAGUGUUGUGUAGGGCUUUAAAGGGAAUAUCAUGUUCAAAGACGGUACUUUCUGUGGACUCCCAACGCGGGCUUCUGCUGCAGAGCGCUUCCUACAACCCGAGACCUUUGAAGCUGAACCUCCACCAGCCGUACAUCCCCGACAAGGACAGCGAGAAGACGCCCGAGUGGCAGAAGAGCAGCCGCUAUGACCGGAAGCUGUUCGGUCGCUACGGCUCCGCCUCGGGGGUCGACCUGGCCUCGCUGUGGCCCAGCCGCGGGGAGCUGGACCAGAUGAUCGCAGAGGAAAACGAGUGGCAUCCUCCGUUGGAGGUAAUGCUGAAGAACGUCGAGGCCAGGGAGAAAGAGGAAGCCCAGAAGCGGUUGGCCAAAGAGACACUCAUUGCGGCCAACAUGGCCAAAAUGCCCAAGAUGAUAGCCGACUGGCGGCGGGAGAAACGCGAAACCAAGAGCAAGCUGAAGGAGGAGAAGGCUCGCCGCACAAAGCUGCUGGCCGAGGCCCGGGAGCGCUUUGGCUACGCCCUGGACCCCCGCAGCCCCAAGUUCUUGGAGAUGGUUGCGGAGAUAGAAAAGGAGGAGAAGAAGAAAAAGAAGCUAGUGAAGCGCAGGCUGAGAGAUGAGCAGUUGGCGGCUCCCCCCCCCGUCGCACCUCCUCCUCCCACCGCCGUCUCGUAGUGUCACAUAUGAAUGACUGAUAUUUAAUUAAGAUGGAGUGGGCACCGGGACAUUUGUUGUAAAGUAUCCAAAUCAGUGUGGUCCGUGUUUUACCUGGUUUGCAUAUGUUCAUUUUUAAGCAUAUGCAGCUCUCAUUGAAAUAAAUUAAUUUCUGUA